GCAGUUUAACCAAUAGCUGCUCCCUGAACCUUACUUUCGUUUUCGUGUCAAAGUGAAAGUGAACUAAAAGGCACAUACGCUGAGUGUGUCUGGUUUGGUGACGACUGUUUUUAAACCCAUAAAGCCAACAGUUAACAUUGCAGUUAAAAUACAUUAAAUGUGAACACCUUCGGCGAAGUCUGCGUUGAAAGACAUGAAGCGCCACACACACAAUGACAGCUCUCAGAUGAAAGAAGCCCUCCAGCAUGAUACACAGCAAAAUCCUCAAAAGGAGAAAGAAAAGCAUGAAAAAGAACAGCACAGCAAUGAUAGCACAAAUCAAGACAGCUUCUUGCCAUCCUCUUCAAGAAUUUGCAGUGCAGAGAAUGUAAAAGACGGACAAGCAGACGGACAAGCAGACGGACAACAGAAGGAACGGACUUCAUCUUGCUGUCAGCUGAAGGAUAUGGGGCGACUUCAACAUGGAGACAUGAAGCUGGGUCCCCUAAGAUUCGACAAGAGACACACAGUCCUCAUAGAUGUGGAUACUUUCAACUCUCAACGGAUAUUUGUAUCUCAGAAAGGGAGAGAUCUAUGGCACAGCGACUUUGUGAAGAUGCCUUGUUCACAGGUAGCACAUCAGAAGUCAAGGUGGGAUGUGAUAUCCAAAAAGCUGAAAUCUCUGGCCAGUAAGAAAACAGCCAGUGUCAAAGAUGUAGAGGAAGCUAUCAUCAAGUAUAACCCCAAAUAUAAAGAUCAGUGGUCAUUUGAUGCCCUCCACAAAUUGGAUAAGAAUACCCAUGAUACAGAAAAGUACUACAAGACACUGUUUCCAAAGAUUGCUGCAUUGGCCUUGAAGCUCCCUAGCUUUGUGAAUAAGGUAUCAUUUCCAGUUAUCUUCUACAAGUAAUAUUGUGUUGACUAUUGAAAUAAAUGAUCUUCUUGGAAAAUCAAAGAAAUACAAAACCCUCCAAAAGACUUAUAACGU